AUGGCUCCUAUCAAGAGUGUCGAGUAUUUCCGCGUCAAGCCAAGAUGGCUUAUGGUCAAGAUCACUGACGAAAAUGGAGUGUCUGGCUGGGGCGAGGCUACUCUUGAGGGCCACGACCUCGCUGUCGAGGGCUGCCUCGAGGAGAUGAUUGUUCGUCUCAUUGGAAUGGAGGCAAACGACAUUGAGCACAUUUGGCAAACAUUCUGGAGACACGGCUUCUACCGUGGCGGACCCGUCUUCAUGUCUGCCCUGUCUGGUGUCGACAUUGCGUUGUGGGAUUUGAAAGGAAAGAACCUCAAGGUCCCCGUCUUCGAGCUGCUCGGCGGAAAGGUCCGUAGCAAGGUCCAGGUAUAUUGCUGGAUUGGCGGCGAUCGCCCAUCGGAUGUCGAGCGUGCUGCCGAGGCUCGUGUUGCCCAAGGGCUCAAGCAUGUAAAAAUGAACGCAACAGAAGACCUAAACUGGGUAGAUUCACCCUCCGCCCUUGAUUCUACAGUCGAGCGUAUCAAGCAAGUCAAGGCCCUCGGCCUUGAUGUCGGUCUCGACUUUCACGGCCGUCUUCACAAAGCUAUGGCGAAACAACUUGUUGCUGCUCUGGAGCCUCACCGUCCGCUCUUCAUCGAGGAGCCUCUUCUGUGUGAACACCCUGAAGCGAUCAAGCAGCUCGCUGAUCGUACCACCAUCCCUGUCGCCUUUGGCGAGCGUUUGUACACACGUUGGGACAUUAAGAGAUUCCUCGAAGAUGCCAGUGUCGACAUCUUGCAGCCUGAUAUCGCCCAUGCUGGCGGUAUUAGCGAGACGAAGCGCAUUGCGCAAAUGGCUGAAGCUUAUGAUGUCGCCAUUGCACCUCACUGUCCUCUGGGCCCUGUGGCUUUCGCUGCCUCUAUUCACAUUGCCCUGUCAUCACCUAACUUCACUAUCUUGGAGAUGAGUCUAGGGAUGCACUACAACACUGAGGCUGGAGACGAUAUUGAUCUCUUGACAUACCUAAAGGACCCUGAGACCUUUGAUAUCGCAGAGGGUGGCUACAUCAAGGCUCCUACCAAAUAUGGCCUGGGGAUUGAGAUUGAUGAGGACAAGGUCAGAGAGAUUUCUAAGGAUACUAAGGCCUGGCAAUGUAAGGUAUUCCAUGGGCCUGACGGUAGUAUUCGCGAGUGGUAG